AUGGAGGAGUUCUACGGUAUGGAGGUCUUCGCCGGCAAGUCGGCAAAGCCCAAUAUUUCGGCCGACCGCGUGCUGCAUGUGACGCAGGUGGCGCUGCCGCCGAACGCGUCUCACGCCAUCACGCUGCUCGUCAAGACGGAAGGCAAGUCUUUUGUGCUCGCGACACUGGACCCGCAGCAGGCACUCUUCCACGUGAGUGUGGACAUGCUCUUUAGCGGCAAGCAGAAGCUGACGUUCACCUGCGAAGGUGCGGCUGGGGCCGUGCACGUCAUUGGGUACACACAGCUCGCGGAGGAGGAGGAGGCCAUAGACGACGAGGAUGACGAUGAUAUGAUGGACGACGAGGACGUCGCGUAA